UGGCGGCAAUUGGCGGCAAUUGGCGGCCUGAGGGGAGGCGGCGGGGCCGGGGCGCGGUGGCCGUGGGGCUGUCUGCCGUGGCAGGAUGAAACUGACCACUCAAGCUUACUGCAAAAUGGUGCUGCACGGUGCUAAGUACCCGCACUGCGCCGUGAACGGGCUGCUGGUGGCCGAGCGGCCGUCGGGUGCCCCGCGCCGUGACCAGGCCGGGCCCCCCUCACUCUUCGUCGACUGCAUCCCGCUUUUCCACGGCACCCUGGCCCUGGCGCCCAUGCUGGAGGUGGCUCUCACCCUGAUUGACUCUUGGUGCAAAGAGAAUAGCUACGUGAUAGCUGGAUAUUACCAAGCAAAUGAACGCGUGAAAGAUGCCAGUCCAAACCAGGUUGCGGAAAAGGUGGCCUCCAGAAUUGCAGAGGGCUUUAACGAUACAGCGCUCAUCAUGGUUGAUAACACCAAGUUUACGAUGGAGUGUGUAGAGCCUGCCAUUCAUGUGUAUGAGCUUCACGAGAACAAGUGGAGGUGCAAGGACCCACACAUUGAUUUUUGUGAAGAUUGGACCGAAGCCCAGAGAAUCGCUGCAUCUCUCUUGGACAGCAAGUCAUACGAGUCGCUUGUAGAUUUUGAUAAUCACCUGGAUGAUAUCCGGAAUGACUGGACAAACCCAGAGAUCAACAAAGCUGUCCUCCACCUGUGUUAGAGAGGUUUCUACUGACUAAUUUAUGGGCAUUCCCACUAUGUACUGAAGAGAGAAAAGUGCUAUUUUUGAAUGUAAACAGAAUAUUCAGUACCUUGUGUGGAAAUCUGACUGAUUAAAAAGGAGUGGCAUGUCACAUUGCAGAGUGAUGUGUCCAUAAGCCAUUGAAUCUUUUUUGUGAGAUUCAUUGGAAGAACUGCAAAACUGUCAGUUACAGCUGUCCACAUGGACGCCCUCCCAGUUGUAGUGAAUGUUGCUCUUCCUUCGAAACCAGAACUACUUCUGCUUGUCCCUACUGCUGGUAUCACAAAGUUUUGACUAAGCUUUUCUAAUCUUUAGAGAGGUUACUUUUUAAUGAUUUCUGGAAAUAACUUUUAAAAAAACCCUCAGUCGUGUCCUCAGAUGAGAAAUUUUAAGGUCAAAUACAUAAAAUGUAAGGUUAACAGUUUCUUAUGGCCUGGAAAUGUAUAUCUGUCGGCACAGUAAAAUGCAAACUGCUGAGGACAAUGUACCGUACUCACGUGUCACCUGUUUUGCAGUGGUUUGGCAUGACACAGCUACAGAGAAUGUGUUAAAGCAGUAUUCCCAAACGCUACGGUGAUUCCUGCUCUCCAUAGGCAUACAGCCACAGUUAUUGCUGGAAUAUGUUAAACCCAAGCAAGUGAAGCAGUCUGCUGCUGGAGUUCCCCUCCCAUCUGCCAGCUGAGCUGCUCAUGGGAUGUUUCCUGGCCUCUGUCAGCGUGAAAAUGAGCAAAGACCUACCACGUAACCUGUUUCAGCUCAUUAAAUCUGACGUGGGUGCAGGAAGCAGAUGAGCAGUUCAGCUGGCAGGACGGAGGAUCUGCAACCUCUUCACCCAGCACAGCUGGAGCCAGGGGCAGACAGAUGUGCGGAGCCCAGCCGUGCUCGGCAUGGCGCUGCGGAGAUGGACCGUGAGAGGUGGCUGGCUGCCUGCCCCCAAGAAUUUCUUAUCUAAGUGGCAGAGAUGCACGCCGAGGAGAGGUGACAGUGACAGAUGCAGGAAGCAAACUCCAGUCUCUCUGCUCCCUGGCUGGAGGCCUAAUCGCGUCACGCUGCUGCUAUUUGUAAAACGUCUCAAGAUGCUGGGGCGAGGGUCGGAGGGACAGAGCACGUGAGUGCUAAUGGAGGAGGCUGUUAGCGGGGUGGACUUGCGGUUGACUGCAGCUUGGAAAAUGGCCUCAAGGGGAAAUGUGCUCAGUGUGCAUUUGUGAGCUCUGCUUCUAGUUUGUGUUUUAAUUCAGCUCCUGGAAUGGGGCUCAGUCGCCCACCGUUGAGGGUAGGAGCUGUAGCGAGCUGGUCUGGAUCGGGCGGACCAGGCUGGGCAAGCUGCUCCUUUCCCAUCCUGCCCAGGCUCUGUUACUCCCAACUCAAAUUAAACAUCUCAAUGCAUCAUACUCCUGCGCUGCAAACCCCUCUUCUGCUUUACCCAUCGCCCUGCAGCUAGCCCUCCCGCAGCAGGCAGCGAUUUCACUGUGCCGAAGUAUCCGCUGAGGACUUUAUCGAUUUAUUUUUAUUUUUAUUUUUUUUACUGUCGCUUUUAGACCACAUUUUCACCCAGCCUUCUCAUCCAAAAGUGCACCCUAGCUGCGUAUUUUCCUUUGGUUUUCAGCCGUCGCCCUGUGAAAGGCGGCAGACGCAGGUUCGGAGAGGACGGAGGCAGGUCACUGGUGGGGGUUUCCAGUAACGGGGCCACAUGAAAGGUGACAGCGGUCCCCGCUCCUGCGUGGCUGUGCGCUGAGCUUGGUGCUUUGCAAUCUGGCUGGAGCUGCGAUGAGGGAGGCAGGGAACGCUGCUCUUAAAAGAUAGCCGGUAGGUGGGCUGGGGGUAACGGGCAACUCCUUGAGUGCUUCCAGGCAGCGCCGCACCGGCUGCAGCGUGGCAGCACUUUAGCUGGAUGCGGGCAGGAUCGGUGCCAGGCAUGUCCCGGUCUGCGCAGCAUCAGCCCAUGAAGGCCAAGAGAAACAAUGCAGCCCUUCCUAGAAAUGCGCUCUGGAGCUUAAAAGAUGGACCUAAUUGAAAAAAUGUAUCAAGGCUGUACCAGGGGAUAAAAGGGAAAGCUGAGCCGAGAUUAACCUGGAGCUCAGCAAGCUGAGAAGUGCGGCAGCCGCGGCCAGGUCCCUAAGCCAAUUCCCAGCCACGGCCUCCCAGCCGCCCGCUGAAUCCAUGCCCGGCAGGGAGGUGGUUUGCUCUGGAUGCAGGUCUGGCAGGAGAGCCCAGCACGCUCUGGUUUUGUGCUUCAGUGCCAGCAGCGAGGACCAGCGGUGAGGCUGGAGAGCUGGGUCCUGCUAAGAGGAUGAAAAUAUGGGGCUCAAGUUAUCCUGCCUGAAAGGCUUGAAGACAUGCGUGAGCAGCGGGAACGGCAGUGACAGGAGCCCAGCGGCAUCCCCGGGCGAGAAGCAUCUGCAUGUGCCCUCCAUCAUUGUCACGCCACCCACGCCCACGGGGACCAUGCUGUCCCGCGAGGCCCGGCAGGCGGGGGGACCACCGCCCUGCAGCCAGUGCUGAGCACCCACCGGGCUGUGGGGGAUGCCAGCCGGGCAGGAUUUGUCCCUGCUUCGCUGGGAUGGAGCCACAGCUGCCAGGAUGCGAAUUGGGCAGAUCCAGCAACCCAGGGCUGGCUGGGCACCCACCAUACGGGUGGGUUUGGACACCAGUGACUGCUUUUUCUCUUUUUUGCUCAAAUGACUGGGGAGGGGGCAGCACCCAGCGGCUCCUCCCCAGUGAAUAAACCCCCCUGGGGCUCUGCACCCUUUGAUUUGGCACCCGCCGCCUCCCUCGGGCUGUGCCAGCAGAGUGGUGGGUGGGUGUCCCCCUCAGUCCCCCCCAUCACCACCACGCUGAAGCUGCCCUCGUGCUGACGGGUGGCCAAAAGCGGGGUGCAGCCCGCCAGCCCCACCUGGCCACCCAGAUAGAAGGAACCAGUUGCAAACAGCACCAGAAAAAUGAACUUGGUGUCGCCGUCGCCAGCAAGCCGGCCUCAUGGCCCCGCCGGAUCGGCCGCAUCCCGGGGAGGGAGCCGGAGGCGAUGCUUCCCGGGGAACGGCGGCACCAGGAGCCGGCGGGAGAGGCGGGAGUGUGAAAGCAGAUGGAAAUUUAAUUUUUUAAUGACAGCAGCAGAUGGCAAAAGACACGCAAGUGGA